GGCUGUUGUCUCGCCCACCCAGCGAGGAGGAGGAGGAGCAGGAGAGGCCCAUCGAGUCCCGGUCCGCGCAGCUCGGAGGCCGGGAGGCGGGCGUUCAUGUCGCCCCGGGGUCUGGAGAGGCCAGAGCCAAGGGUCCUGCGCUGGAAGGGAAUCUAAGAUGAAGUUAUGGGAUGUGGUUGCUGUCUGCGUGGUGCUACUCAACACAAUCUCGACCUUUCCUCUGCCCGCUGGUAAGACUGCUUCCGAGAAGGCCAACUCAGUGCUAAAGAGGACUGAAGAGGAGGAACACACUUCCAACAGGCUGCUGACUCCCUACGCUGGCCAAAUGAACUCUAAUAUGCCUGAGGAUUAUCCUAACCAGCUUGGUGAUGUAGUGGAUUUUAUUCAAGCCACUAUACAAAGACUGAAGCGGUCACCAGAUAAACCAACUCAAUUUUUCUCGAAACGGGAAAGAAACCGGCAAAAUGCAGACAAAAACAGAAAUAAUUCCAGCAGCAGAAAGGGACGGAGAGGCCAAAGGGUCAAAAAUCGGGAUUGUGUCUUAGCUGAGAUACACUUAAACGUGACCGACUUGGGGUUGGGAUACACAACCAAAGAAGAGCUGAUUUUUCGAUAUUGUAGUGGCUCGUGCGAGUCUGCCGUAACCCUGUAUGACCAAAUUUUAAACAAUUUAACACAAAACAGAAAGUUGGUCAGUGACAAAAUCAGACCACAGCCUUGUUGCAGACCCAUUGCUUUUGAUGAUGACCUUUCAUUUUUGGAUGAUGACCUAUCAACGUACCAUAUACUGAGAAAACAUUCCGCUAAAAAAUGUGGAUGCGUCUGACGUCCUUUGGUGUUUGGACACUGCUAUGAUAUUGCAUUCCUGCUAAAAUGGCAAAGAAGGGACCAAGGCUCCCCCAGAGAUGGAAUGGUGGCUUUGAAUGAAGGAAGAGGACCAAGCGUACAGGAGAGCGGCAAUUGCGGGGAGCCUGGUUGAUUGAAAUCCAGUACAGGAUGAUUGGAGAAGAUACAACCACUGGAGGUCUUUGUUUCUACAGGAACGCAAACGGACAUCAAUGCUCAGGGCAGACAUCCAGGAUGGAUGAAGGUGACUGCCACCAUUUGCAUUGAGGUGAUCCACCGUGGGCAGAUAUUGGCUUAGCAGGUGCUUAAUAACACAGCCUCUGUUUGAUAAGUGGCUUUAUACGUUACUGAAUUAGAAUUAAUAGUCACUACUGCUAGCCUUAACUUCAGAAUGUCAACUUGUUAAUUUAAGACAGGCAUCCUCAAACUGCGACCCUCCAGCUGGUUGGGCCUCCAACUCCCAGAAAUCCUGACCAUUCAACAAUCUGUCUAGGGUUUGUGGGAGUUGGAGGUCCACAGAUGGAGGGCCGCAGUUUGAGGAUACCUAAUUUAAAAGAAUGGCAAAUGGUGAUAAUUUUAGAAGUUCAUUAUUUAUGGGCAGCUAAGCCAUAAUGUGCCAAUUAACACCUUUGAGAAAGAGAAUAUGGUUGGUGAAUUGCGAGAACCUUUAGGCAUAAUUGCCUUCUUUCCCGCUGUUCCCAGUAGAACCAUCUGUCCUACAAAGGCACAUGGCUUUCUCCCAAUGAAGUCUACUCAUGAGAAUUGUAGUUUGAACAGAUGCAAUAUCUAGCAUUUACCACUAGGGCAUUUACCACUGGGUACAGAUGAAGAUCCAAAGAUCAGAGCAAGCAGGAACGUGGUGCAAAAUUAAAGAACAAAGUAGCAGAAAAGAGACUGGCAUUUACAAGGGAGGACAAAAAUGCAAGGGUAGGGAAGAGGAAAAGGUUGGCUUCACUGAAGCUGCUGAACACCAAAAUAAUCACAUACACAACCCCGCACUGAGUUGUGAUUGCCUAAAAAGCAUAAUGUUUUGGAUUUUCUAACCUCUGGCAACUCUCCCAUAUCAAUUUGUUUGCCAAGCAAUUAUUCGGAUUCUUUAUUGAGCUGAGGCAGGAAGGCAUAUUGAAAAGCCCUAUUUGAAGCAGAGGUGGGGUGUGCAAGCUAGGGAUGGGAAAUGUAAUUAUUUGGGACUACAAAUGAAGGGGAACAUGGGAGAUCUCCAAGCUCUGCUGCAAAACAGUGUAAUGAAGAAGAGAGCUUGGGCACAUUCUAAGAAGAGCUCACCGUUCUUGAAGACUGGUGGCUAGGCCUAUUGGGUUUAUUUAGACUGUCCAAAGAAAACUGAAAAUACAACUUAGAAUUCCAUUGAUAUUCUCUUAUAGCUGUAUAUUUAAAACUGGUAGUGUUGGGUAGAUUGUCAUUCAUGCCCGCCAUUGCUAAUUUCCUCACUGAGGAACAUCUGAUAAUAUUCUAAAGUACCCUAGGGCUUGAAAUCCAGUAACCCUAAGGUCUGUGUUGGAAUACAUAAUUUAGACUCUGUACUCAUUUUAUCUUGGUAGUGGAGAAAUCACUAGAGCCCCCCUGCUUUCUAUAAUAUAAAGGAUUACAUGACAGUCUCUCCUCUUUGCCUCAUGAGAAUAGUGAGAGAAGUGCUACACCAUGCAGAAGAAACCCUUGCUGCCGCUUCUCCUCUCAUGGGUGGGGUAACUUUUAGAAAAUUGGGUUAACUCUGGCUUGGAGAAGGGCCAGGCACAGAUGUCUCUCACAUGGUAUGGGGCGUCUCGUGUUACCUGGUGGGACAGGAAGUAGUGGCACUUCUGAAGUUCUCACACCACUGGAGUAACCUGAGUACCAGGUCCAAGAUGCUAGCAAAAAUAUUUUUAGUAUAUUGGGCACAAGUCAAGAAGGGGUUUCAAUAAGCUAGCUAAAGUUCCACACAGACUUGAAAACCUAUCCCAAGCAAACUGUACCAAAGGGGCCUGCUUUAUUAGUUCUAUCUUACAUAGAAUUGAACUUUAAUGUGAUUAUUCUGUUGGGGGAGGGAGAGAGUUGGGUUUGGUUCUCCUUUUCUGCUCUCUGAGAAAGCAAGUUGUGUUUUUAAUCACUUAUUCCUGCUUGGACUACACCAUAAGAAAAAUAUGUGGAUCUUUGUUUUUCUUUUUUCUUUUUGGUUUACAAAAGGACUGAGAUCACUUACUUAAUUAACUACAUUUCUAUUUGGGGUCGUCGUGAGUGAGGAGAGACUACUUGAUGCAAUGCAUCCAGUCAGAGACAAAUCUAGAGAAAAUAUUUAUUGAGAUUUAAGUUAUUAUAAUGAUUAUUAUUUAUUACAGUUCGUUCAUGAGUUUUCCUUUCCUUUAUUUAUUAAAGCUUCUUUCUUCAAAACAGGUGCCAAAGUUACAAUGAGACAGUGAUGCUGGGAACAAAGAUGAUUGGUGGUUGUUGUUAAGAAUUGAGAAUUCAUAACAAGAAUGCAAACACUUUUUUUAAAAAAAAAUAUCACUUACUUUACCUUUUGAACAAAAAUAAAAGAAGGACUUCACAAAUAACAGCUUAGUUUGUAGCACUUCUAUACAUAACACUUGACUAAAAAAAGAAAUUGAUCAUUGAACAAGAUGGAUUCACAAGGCAUUUUUAAAGUAAAAAUUAUGAGUCCAAAUGGAUAUCGAGUCCUGACUUUGAGACAUCAAAAACAAAUGGACACAUUCAAUUUAGUCACUGAAUAACAUUAUUCCCAGCCAUGUUUCUUUUCCUUCUGCAGUACUGCAUAAAAAUAAAAACAAUCCCUGAAUGUGUGUCUUUUGUAAUCCCAGAUCAGCUGUGUUUUUAAAGCAAUAUUUCUAAGAUUUGAUAAGAAUUUUAGGGAUUUUUCCCCUUUUAAUGUAGGUAUAUUCUGGUAUUGGAAAAGGUCAUCAAAACUGCUAGGAUAUUGUAUAGGUAAAUGUAUUUCUAGUUCUGUAUCUCUGAGGUUUCUUUUUAAUCAUUUUCAGCACAAUUUGAAUGUCAAAAUUACAUGUAGUGGAGAAGCUUCCUUUUGGAGAGGAAAAUGGACACCCAAUAACAAUUAUUUCAAAAAUGCCCGGUGGAUUCAACUGCAUGUAGACUAACCUGCAUGUAGAUUUACUAUUCAACAAUUCACAUUGCCUACUGUAGCUGGAAGUAGACAACAGGAACUUACACACACUAAUAUGCUCAUUGAAAUCAUUUAACUAGUUGUAGGUUCUAGGGGUCUCCAACUGUCUGGUAAAUGCUGUUUGGUAGGAAAGGAGAGGUGUUGAAGUCAGACAAGUAAACUCUACCACAUUGGCUUAGCUGGGAAUCAAAGUAGCUUAAUGGCCAAGAACAACAAGAUACUAUGAUGGCUGCAAAAUGAAAUCAGUCUUUGAGGAGGUCUGAAAAAGAAAAACUUGUUCUACAUCUCACAACUUCAUUUGCUAUAGGCUGAAGUUAGUAACAGCUAUUGACCCAUGCCAUUUUGAAAAGUGUUCAGAUACUUUGAUUUAACUCCAUCUUUUCCCAUUUGGAACCUACAGAUGUGUUCAGACACAGGCGUCAUAACCCCCUGCCUACAUGGAUUAUAGGUUGCAGUAGGACACAUCUGGAGGGAACUCGAUUGGGAAGAUGGAUGGAUUGGAUAAGCUGUUGCCCUCAUCUAGGUUUAUGUGUAAAUGUGGAUUUAUGCAUAUGAUGCUGCCGUGGAUUAAAAUGGAGGCACACGAAGAUUUGUUCAAUUCUUUUCAUUUAGGUCUUCUAAUAUAGUAAAUAUAGAUCUAAUAUGUAUAGAUCUAAUAUGUAUAUUUAUCGAUAGAUCAGGAGACCCAGAUGCUACAUUGGGCUUCACAGCAGGAGAAAUGCAAUAAAUAAAUAAAUUUAAAAUACAGUAGAUCCUCCACUUUCUCUGAGGUUAGGGCUGCAGGACCCCAGUGAAAGUGGGAAAGCAUGGACUGAAAGAAAAAACGUGAGAGAACACAUCUCUAGGAAUCUCUAGAUCCAUCCAAGUGAUUCUGUGGUCAACUUCUGCCAGAACGUGUUAAUCAAACCCAUGAAUAAUCAAAUCUACAAGUUAAACCCAUACAUUUGGAGACAUAGUUGCAUACUGAAUGCAGAUCCUGAACAAGGGACACACUGUUGUGUCUGUUUAGAGUGUGCUUAAAGUCCGCAUAAUAUCACUGCAAAAAUCCCGGUAUGGUUCAAGGUAGUCUACUUGUGUUAAGAACUCCCAACAUAUUUUUGUAAAAGGCCCUGUCCUUAUGAGUUGGUGUUAGCUGCUAAAAAUGUUAUUCUAAGACACCAAGUCAUUUAACACAUUUUCUCUCAUCUCUCUUCUCAUUUUGACUGCAUAUGACAGAAAGUUUUGCAAACAUUGGUUGUUAUAUUGCUGCUAAAAACUAGUUCUAGGAGCUUCUUUGUAAACACUAUCUGUGUAGUACAAACUCCUCUAAACCUGCUUUAUAGCAAAUCAAGCCAUUAGUUGAUUGUUUCCUGGGUUAAUAAUACUGACUUGCUGGAACCCUCUUAAGUUCAUAGGUUGAGAUAUUUCCCCAUCCUCUUCACCAUGAUGUUUUAAUUGGAGAAGGCAAAUGUGAACCUUUACAUAUUUAUUCUUCAAUGAACCUUUCUUUCCCAACUCUUCCUCUUUAAUACUGUGUUUUACAGUACUGUAUGCUCACAAAUCAGUUUCACAAGACUUUUUGCACUAACCAAGAAAUGAGGAAAAACAAGCACAUUUUCUCACCUAGACCAUCCUACUGGAUCCAUAAUGUUGAUUAAUUGAUGCUCCCCAUUCCCAGAAUUUUGGCUGAGCAAUCCCAUAAUAUUCUGUGUCUGAGGCAUACCAGAAAGCAGCAUCCCCACAACUUAAGUUGCACAGUAAAUUUGUAAGUUGCACAGUAACUAUUGCUGGUUAAGUAAUGCAUUUUCUCCCAAGUUAAAACUGCUAUGUAGAUGCAACCUGAAAACGAGAACAAGAUCCAAAAUAUACAUUGGAAAUAGCUGGAUUAGGCCAUACAGAAGGCACAAAAAAGAAAGUGAUAGCCUUUAAAGCUUAGUGCCAAAGGCAGUUUUAAAAAUCAUACACAGGAACAGAUGUGAUGUCAUUGGAGACACAAAAGCAUAUAGGUUGCCUCUUACGAUUUGGAAUGUGACAAUGAGAAUGUUUUCAAAGAGGCGGGAAGAAAGUUGAGUCCUCAGCUCUCCCUCACUUCCCAAAAGAGGUUGAAGAGCAACAUAAUGGCUAUUUUUAAAAGGCCGUAAAGUUUCAGUUUUCUGUCUAGCCAAUGUUUCCUCCUUUUAAAUCUGAUCUCUGCCCAGUGAAGUUCAGUGCACGUAAUUGGGCCACCAGUCCAGUGUUUCUCAAACUCUGCCCCUCCUCCAGGUGUUUUGGACUUCAGUUCCCAGAAAUCCCAGCCAGCUUUCCAGCUAUUAGGAACUGUGGAAGCUGAAGUCCAAAACAUCUGAGGAGCACAGUUUGAGAAACUCUGAAUUAGUCUUUUCUUAGAGGGCUGCUGCUAAUAAUAAUAAUAAUAAAAACAAUAAUAUAAACAAAAUAAUAUAUUUAAGUCCAAUUUCUAUUUUCUUUUGAGUCAAUUUAUGAGAAAAUUCAAAUGGCUAGCAUCUUCGCCAAGCAUGUUUUUUUUUAAAAAGAAGAAAUUCCAAACUUACUUGCUGAGAAUCUAUAUGAUUAUGCAUGCUGAUGAACUGCUAAUACCUGUCUGUGCAAAUUUAUCUUAUCAGGAAACAUAUCCAGAAUGAGUAUCAGAUUCUGGCAGCUAUUGACCUAUGAUUUAAAACCUACUCAAGAAAAAAAACACUCAGAGGAUCACACCAAAAUAUUUAAACUUGGUCCUAGGAGUACUUAUUUCUUUGUGAAUGACAUCCAUUUUGCAUCUUACUCAUAUGCUUCUUUUUCGAAGUAUUUCUUUCUUCAUUGCCCCAAAUAUUUAUGUACCGAUUCAUUUCUAUCCAAGUUCUCCUGGAUAGAUUUCCCAAUACUUUUAAUGGGUUCCCCUCACAACAUGCAUAGGAUUGUAAAGAUGGUCUUGGAUAAAGUAAAAGGAAACGAACCAUCACAUGAAAUAACUUAGACGUGGUACCCCGUGCUGAAUCCAACUGCCAUUUGAUAGUGAUGGUUGUGUUAUAAGAACAUUGAAAAAAGCACACAUUUUAUAUUUCGUGUAACAAGAACCCUAUGUCUACUAUAACAUGGAAUGAUAGGAUUGUAUCUUCAAAGUGUCCCGUCUAGCAUUCUUUCAACACUUCAUAUCCACUCUACCUCUUAUUUGCUGUAGGUUCCUGUGAUGUCUCACUGCUUUCAGUGGAUGAGAUUUAAGAUUUUAAUACUCUCAUUGAAACCAGGAGCUUUAACUUGGCACAUCAGCCACAAAGCUGGACAGUCCAUCAGGUUCUUGUCCUAGCCAUACAAAGCAUUUUGCCCUUUCACCUGUUUACAAGAAUUUGUACAAUGUCUUCUGAUAAUUUAGCUGAAACAUUUAAGAUGCCCUGUGCUUUCAUGAUUCCUCCCAGUCAACAUACCAAGUUGCAACCCAGACUGACUUAAAUUGAUAAGAGUCCCAUUUGAAAUUCUUGCCUGUCCCAUUAAUGACAAGUCUUUAGGCAACACUACAUAUGAACAUGGGUUCACAUGUUUAAGCUGCUCUGUGCUGUGAUAUACAUUUAGCACUUAGCAUAGUCCUGACUGCAGAAAACAUGAUCUCUGAGUGAUUCUGUUUGAUUAGAUUAACUUUCAGCACUUAGUAGUUCAACAUUUGCUGAGAGCAUUAAGGGUUGAUCGUUUGCUCUGAGCUGUUUUCCAGACCAUUUCAACCUCUAAUGCUAACAUUAAAAAAGGUACAAAAAAGGUAAAGUUUGUGAUUUUUUUUUUUGCCUGUAUGAAAAAUAAAUACUCAAAACCAGGAAAGCAUCUUUCUUUGGGGAUUGUAUUCACCUACAAUUUACGUCUCAGACAUUUGUGUUAACCAACCAAAGUUCUCUACAGACUUUAUUUUUGUACAAUAUGCAUUUUAUAAACUUUUUAUGAAAUAAAGCUCAUUUCUAUUGUUA